UACGUAUUCUGCCUUGAUCUUCGCAACGAUCUUCCAUUUCGCUCUUCGUGCGUGCUGAAUGUACUGAUAGAAGACGAUUCUCUAUCUCCACAGUGGCGUAAUUGAUAUGGCCGCGACUUGAUUCGCAGGCGGUGGCCUUGCGGCGUUCGUCGCGUUACGAGAAGCAGUGCGGAGCAGAAGCGCGAGUUGACAGCAGUUUCAUUAUCCAGCCGGACGGUCUCGUUGUCCCCAUCGCCGUUGUUUUCAGCGCUUUUGGUAUUCGCUCGCUCGCCCGUUCGGACGCUGCGGAAUUCAUCUGCGGGCGUGCCGACCGGGCACGCUUGCGUGUGUACGUGCGCGUGUCACGCGUGUGUCAUCGAGCAUUCGGGUGGGCGAGGCGUGUGCGCGCUUACGGUUACCGCACACGGACAGAAUUCCACACGUGCGCGCGCGCGCAUGUGUGUGUGUGCGUGCGUGCGCGAGAAGAAGAGAAGUAGUGUGAGUUCGGUGUCGUCGGAGCACGCGCGCGUGUGUGUGUGUGUUUGCGGUGGUAAGAGUGCGCUAGAGCGGAGUGAACGGUGGUGCGUCGAUCGCACGAUCGCCAACGAUGACCGACGACCGGAGUGAGGACGAUCCGAUAAUGGACUUCUGGUACAGUAGUUGGGAACAGCAAUGUGUCGAAUCGGUCGAGGCCGAACCGGAUUACGAGGGCCAGCUGCACAAUGAGAAGGAAGUCUAUUCGCAGCAGAUGUGGGCGAGCUUCCAGACCACAGCGUCGGCCAUCGCCCAGCUGUACAAAGAUCGAACGCUGGGUGUAUCUUUGUGGGUACCGUUUCAGACUGCUGCUGGUACUGUCACGUCAUUGUACAAAGAUUCCAUCGAUAGUAUGAGGCGUUGUAGUGAUCUGGGAAUAGAAAUGGGAAAGCAAAAACGCAGCAAAGAAAUUCUGAAUUGGGCGAGGAAAAAACGACGUAUGAUACGCAGAGAAGAUCUUCUUGCAUAUUUGGCUGGCAGACCACCGCCACCUCGACCACAUUCGCAUAGAAGUUCACCUAAGCCGCGUAUGAUGGUGUGCGGCUCUCCACCGUCACAGAGCCCAACACCGAGUAUGGUCGUCGCUCCAACACCAACACCAGGCAGCGACCCAGAUCCCGAGUUGCACACGUUUAGAGAGGCCAUAUCUGGUUCACCGAUGUCUCGACGUAGCGGACGACAAGCUGAACUGUCGGCCUUUAUUAGCAACGAAUUUGCUCGGAAUCAUAAACGGCCUGCUUCGCACGACGUGGAUAUGGGAUCCCCCACGCACAAACGUACGCGUUUCAUGUAACGGCGCGCGACAUGUAAGGUAGUUUUACUCCCUUGAUCCCUGUUAAUUAAAUGAUCAAUUCGUAACUAAAUAGUUCAACUCCCCCAUACAUAGCUCCCGGUUACGUGUAAUUGUUUGAGGAAAACGGUAGUGGUUCACACUGCCAGAUAAGCACGUUCGUAUGUAUCUCCGUUAUCUUCUACUGCCGAUUUUAAUUUAUAUGCCGUUCAAAAGAUGAUUCAGCCUUUAAAUACUUGUGUGUUUGUAGACUAUAUACUAGGUUACAGCUGCCACACACUUGAAUAUCAUUUAGUUUACGAAUUCUUUUCCUUAUUAUUAACAAAAUGAUGAUUUUCGCUUUAUGAUAAGCUAUGAUUAAUGAGGCUUUUAAUUUCUGAUUGUUUUAAUUUCCCACGAAAGUGAUUUCAUGAGGAAGAAGUUUAAGAGUGCGAUUAUGCAAUUAUAUAUGUAUAUUACAUUAUCAGUGCAUAUAGAGCCACAGGAGUGAGAGCGCACGAACGUGUCUUAAUACUGUUUAAAGUGCCCACACGAUUGCGAUUGGUCUUAUAUUAUGUGCAAGAGUUUGUAUACGAGACUGUCAUUUUGUCGAUCUGUAAAUCAACUUCUGAAGAACUAGCCAGACGCGUAACAUCAAUCUGAAGUACUAAGUCUUUGUAUGAACAGGAUCGAUAAGUAUAUUGAAAUUUGUAGCAGCUGGUAGAGACACAUCCUGAUAUUUAUCAAUCGUUAUCUUCGACCUGCUACAUCACAUAUAGGUGAAAUUCUCGACAGAUAAGACAAAACAUUUCUUUUUUCGAUAUAUAAGCUGAUGGCAUUUCGUAUCAAAAAGGGACAGAGAGAGAGAGAGAGAGAGAGAGAGAGAGAGAGAGAGAGAGGAUACGAUUGUACUAUAUCCGUUUUUAAUUCAAAGAAUUGUUUAGGUCGCUAAUUAUAAUAUUGUUGUUAUUAUAUCAUGAAUAUAGGUAAUUAAUUUCGUGAAUGCUUUUUGGCAAAAUAAUAUAAAAUAUUAUGUCAAUAUAAAAACAUUUUAUAUUAUUUAUAUCGUUGAUAGCUGCGAUGAUGAAUCACUUAAAUCGCUCGCAAUGCAUUUCUAAAAUUAAUUACAGCAAGAAAUAUAUCUUACAAGAAUAUCAUUUCUUCGAUGUAAUCUUCUGUUUGUCAAGGCAUUUGACCAAUCAAAAAUAUGUCUUUUAUUUGAGAAUAUAUAUCAGUUAAUUUAUAUGCAUCAGUAGACCAAAUGAAUUGAGAAACGAGGAAUUUUUGUUAAAAGACUUUUGCAGGAUCUUUAAUAUUGUAGUCAAUUUUGGAAAUGCAUUGCGAAUAAUUAUACUGAUUCACUUCGUGGGUAUAACGACAAAAAAUGGGGAUAUUAACCGGCAAGAAUAUGUCGAUAGAAUUAAGAACAGUGCGAUGGUAAAAGAAUUGUUCUGUUUUAAUCGCACUCUAAAUUUUAUUUGUCGAGCAUUAGAAUUGAUUUUUGGUUUUCUAAAUUCUUGUUAAAAUAUAUCUUAAUGUAUAGUAUAUAUUAUCGAGCUACUAUUUUUUUGUAUAAUACCUAUUUAAUUAUAAUUAUAUCGUUUAUGUUACUUGUUUGUACAUCCUGUUUUAUUUCGUAUCUCAUCACACUCUCAUUUAUACACGGUGGAUCCAAAUUGGCUGUUGCCUGGGUUCUUGGCUUCCAUUUUGUGUAGCCAGAGUUUUACGCCAUUAGGCGUAAUUAUAAGAUCGAUACUGAGAUGAAACGUUUCAUCUCUCAAACGUCUGAAAAUCGUUAACUUAAAGUGUCACGAGGAUGUAAGUGAAAAUUUUCUUAAAGACACCUCGUUGUGAAUUGCGACGAAGAGAUUGGAAACACGAUACUUUUAAUAUGAGAAUUUCAGGGUUGUGUGAAGAAUGAUCAGUUUCUUAGAAUUUCGAGAAAAUUCGACACGACACGAAAAUUAACACGACGAAUAAGCGACGGGACAAUGUAAUUCAAUGUAGUUCUGUUUUUGUUGAUACAUAGACUAAUAAGGAUAAAUGAAUUAUCGGACAAGUGUCAAGCUUUACAUCUCGAACAAAGUCUACGUCGAAGUUCUGCAAUGAAAAAUGUGGAUCUGGUUUUGCCACAACUCUUGGCAGCGUGACCUGUUUGCUGUAUCAUCUCAACUAUCUAUCUUAUUGAACGUAGGCUUUGUCAAAUAGGUGUGAUAAAGAGAUUGCAAUAUACAUAUGUAUAUA